AAAAGAAAUAAUCCAUCAUGGCUGCGCAGGCCCCACCUACCUUCAAGCUCGUCCUGGUCGGUGACGGUGGUACUGGCAAGACCACCUUCGUCAAGCGCCACCUGACUGGCGAGUUCGAGAAGAAGUACAUUGCCACUCUCGGUGUCGAGGUUCACCCUCUGACCUUCACUACCAACCUCGGAACCAUUCAGUUCGAUGUCUGGGAUACCGCCGGUCAGGAGAAAUUCGGUGGUCUCCGUGAUGGUUACUACAUCAACGGUCAGGCCGGUAUCAUCAUGUUCGAUGUCACCUCCCGUAUCACCUACAAGAACGUUCCCAACUGGCACCGUGACCUCGUCCGUGUCUGUGAGAACAUCCCCAUCGUUCUCUGCGGUAACAAGGUCGAUGUGAAGGAGCGCAAGGUCAAGGCCAAGACCAUCACCUUCCACCGCAAGAAGAACCUCCAGUACUACGAUAUCUCCGCCAAGUCCAACUACAACUUCGAGAAGCCCUUCCUGUGGCUCGCCCGGAAACUGGUUGGCAACCCCCAGCUGGAGUUCGUCGCUGCUCCCGCUCUUGCUCCCCCCGAGGUCACCGUCGACCACGAGCAGCUCGCGAAGUACCAGCAGGAGAUGAUCGAUGCUGCUGCCCAACCCCUCCCCGAUGAGGACGAUGCCGACCUGUAA